AUGGUCUUUGAAACACAAGCGUCUGAAAUUCUCUUCAUUGUACUUUGGUUUGUUCAAUUCUUUCUCAUGAUUGCUUGUUCCUUUGUACUCGUUCUCUUCCGAAACAAAACACAAUCCAUCAGAGCCAGAGCUCCAGUGCUUUCCGUAUUGUCUUCGAUCGGAGCUGGUGUCUAUAUGGCAGCCUACACACUUUCAUAUAGCGUUCCUGGAACACCUUGUCAAAUGAUUGUCUUGUUGGCAAAUGUGAGUUUUUUCGCCAUGUUUGCACCUUUGCUAUUGAGAGCUUGGAGAAUUUACUUUAUCUAUCAUUGGAAUUUCAAACUCAUGAAAAAACAACAAGAAGCCUCCCUUGAACGAAAGAAGGAACGAGCUCUCAGCAAAAAGAGUAAGAACAAAGAUAGCAAUCCUGUCACAAGUGUUGCUCUCGAUAGUAACACCACUAUGGUCGAUGAAUCCACAAUUGUGUCCACUAAUGAAAAACAAUACAAGUCGAAUCCAUCCACACAACAACAACCACAACAAUCAACAACAACUCAACCAGUGAAUAGAAGUUGGCGUAAUGACAUGUCUGAUGUGCAUACACAAAAUGAUCAAAUGUCUGUCAUUGAUGUCGAAGAUGUUCCUACCUUAUUGGAUGCUACUGAGGUUUCUGAAAUGAUGAGAAAGAGAAAGGCAGAACAAACAAGUAAUGUCAACAAGAGAAGAGCAGAAGAAUCAAAUUUGGUCAAGUUCUUUGUGGUCAUGCUGGUGGUCGUGGUAGUCGUCUUGUUACCAGUGAGUUUGACCUAUCCUAAAAUGUGUCCUCAUGAUUUCUUGUGUCAAAUCAAUGAGAGAGAAACGAAUAGUCCAUACAUGAGUUAUAUUUUGUAUCCAAGAUUAGUGGUGCCUCUAUUCUUCCUCGUAGAUAUCAUGUUGUUGGUGGAAGUCAUCAUGUUGAAAGAUGUGAAUGACUCUUAUUCCCUCAAUACUGAAAUUAGAGUGACCACUGUGAUUGUACUCAUUGGAUCCAUUGCCUAUGCAACCGUUUCCUUCACCAAUUUAUCCUUUGCUUUUAUUGUUUUGACUCUCCUUUGGGUUCAAGCUGUGCAUGUCACUUGUUCGUAUUUCCCUGUCCUUUUGCUCGUUUAUACCUCUCUGAAACGAAAUACUGACAACUCUGCUGAAUUGGCCAAUAUGGAAAUGCCAAAUAAUAUUGACAAAAUUUUGGAAAAUGAUGUCACAAGAGAGUUAUUCAAGAGACAUCUCCUGAAUGCAUUGUGUGGUGAAACAAUGCUUUUCUAUGAAGAAGUGAUGGCCUAUAAGAAAUGUAAUGCAAUGGAUCGUUCUCAAAAAGCUCCAAAUAUUAUUGAAAACUACAUUAAGGAUGAUGCUUUAAAUGAAAUUAAUAUUGCUGGUAAAGUCAAGAAGAGAAUUAUUCAAAGAUACAAUCAAAUUACCUACGAGGAUGAAGUUCCUGUUGAUUUGUUUGAUGUUGCCAUUGAAAAGUUGAAAUUGGUCCUCCAUGAAAAUGGUACUUAUCAGAGCUUUUUGGAGAGUCAAGAAUUUAAAAACUAUGUAAAGAAAAUUAAGACUUCUAACAAGCUGAAGGCGAUCGAAGUUGCUGGAGGAAUUUAA